AUGUCCAAUGAGAAAAAAGAAGGAAUUGGUUUGAAGGAGCGGCUGCUGAGUGCCGUUGCAGGCUCAUUACUCACCUCAUUGAUCUUGACUCCGAUGGACGUGGUGAGGAUACGAUUGCAACAGCAGAAAAUGCUGCCAAGUUGCGACUGCGACGCAAACGGCAAGCUCUCUCUCAAGACUACAGCGCCUAAAGGCGUUUUCUGGCAGGACGCAUGUUUCGCCGACGUUCAUUGCCAAACAAGUUCAGUAAACUAUAACAGCACCUGGGAUGCUUUCACAAAAAUUGCAAGGAUUGAAGGGGCAAGAAGUCUUUGGCGAGGUCUUUCCAUCACCCUGGUAAUGGCUGUACCCGCUAACAUGGUUUACUUCAUUGGUUACGAGUCUCUCCGAGACAAUUCUUUCCUGCAAAAUAAAUACUCGAGACUGAACCCUCUACUGUGCGGGGCUAUAGCCCGUGUCCUCGCUGCUACUACAGUUGCACCGCUAGAACUGUUUCGCACAAGGUUGCAAAGCAUUCCCCGUUCUAGCCCCAACAGCACGGCCGCAAUGAUGGUCAAAGACCUGAUUAAAGAGUCACGGUACGAGAUAUCGAGAGUUGGGUACAAAGCCCUAUUCAGAGGCCUCGAGAUAACGCUCUGGCGUGAUGUUCCGUUCAGUUCUAUUUAUUGGGGCUGCUACGAGUUUUACAAAAGCAAUAUUUCUAUCAAGUCGGAAAGGAGCAUUGUCAACAGUUCCAACACUAAUUGGAACCAUUUUGUGAACAGCUUUGUGGGCGGAAGCUUUGGUGGAGCAGUAGCAGCCAUUCUAACACACCCGUUUGACGUCGGGAAGACCAGGAUGCAAAUAUCUUUUCUGAACAACACGCCAGGUAAAAGUCCUUCCAAAAAUAUGUUUAAGUAUCUCAACCAGAUACGCAAAAGCGAGGGCUUGGGGGCGCUUUACACUGGUCUGGUACCGAGGGUCAUCAAAAUUGCGCCAAGCUGCGCCAUCAUGAUAUCAACAUAUGAGGUUUGCAAGCGCCUCUUUAGCACAUAA